UCCGUGACGUUAUCCAGGUAACUACACAUACAGUCAUAAGGUAAAUAUACAGUGACGUCAGUCUCCAGUAUCAACAUGGCCGGGGCCGCAACAACACGCGUGUUUCGUUUUCCGUUGUACCUUUUUCUCUGGAGUUACAUCGGUGUUUUCGUUAAUGGAGUAGUAGGUGGCUCAUGGACUAUUUGGUAUAACCGACUUCCGGAUGAUAUCGGGGAUGACCAAAGCUGGACUACAAUAAAAAACCAUGGCUACACGGUAUGUGGAACAGAAAAACCCGAAUUGGCUGAAUGCCGUGUCGUUGGAUCGGACGAAUCAUUUACAGAAAGGAAUGCAGGGGUUAUCGCCCCUGAUUAUCUGUCCGAACCUUGCACGAAGGAUGGACUGGUGUGCUAUAACUACAAUGCCAAUAACAGGCGCUGCCACGACUAUGAGGUCCGCUUCUUCUGUCCAUACACAGAUACAGAUGACAAAGAGGAAAGAUCUGCCGAUUACGGACUCGUGGCACUAGCGGCUGGGUUAUCUGUACUUAUCCCCCUUCUCUGUGUCGUCGUUCUUCAAUGUAUACGUCAAGUCCGAGUAAAGAGAGCGCUUCGUGCAAGAAGUCAGGCAGCACGUGAUCACUUUAGUAACCUGAGAUCUGAGCCUGUAGACCCGACCACUUUCACAUCGCCCCCUACGUACGAAUCUUUGUUUAGUAACGGACAAAGUUUUCCUACGGGAACGGGCAGGGAUGCUUUGCUACAAAGUGAGACAACUAACUCUUCUUCCGUAGACUCGGAUAAACACUGAUGUGGCUAGAAUAUGGUUAUUAUAUCCGUGAAGACCUCAUACAUAUGCAAUAGCUAUUGACGUUUGUUUAUAACGCCGCCAUAGCAUUCAGUGUUCUGGUAUAAAAGGAUAAAUAGCCACUGGUAUGUUAUGAAUCAUUGAACAUUUAAUUACUAUGUUGCUAUGCUACACGCCCAUUGUCUCGUUAAGCCUUAUUGUCACCUAUGAGGAAAAGAACUGUUUCCCAUAGACUAAUGACAUAAUUGUCUUUUAAAGUAAAAUUACAUUAUUCAUUCUUUAAAGUCGUCUACAUUUAUAUGAAGAUUUUUUUCUGUGUAUUACUCCAAAGAAAUUAUUUCGGAUCCCAAUACAUAUCUUAUUUAUUUAUUUUCGGUAAUCUUAAAAAUUAGCAAGGAAGGAAAUAUUAUCUUCGUCAUUAAGCUCACAGCGUUUGAUAACUGAGUCCCGAUGACAACAAAGAUGACGACAACGAUGUUAACAAAGAUGACGACAACGAUGUUAACAAAGAUGACAACAAAGAUGUUAACAAAGAUGACAACAACGAUAACAAAGAUGACAACAACGAUGUUAACAAAGAUUACAACAACGAUGUUAACAAAGAUGACGUCAACGAUGUUAACAAAGAUGACAACAACGAUGACAACGAUGACAACAAAGAUGUUAACAAAGAUGACAACAACGAUGUCAACAAAGAUGACAACAACGAUGACAACGAUGACAACAAAGAUGUUAACAAAGAUG